AUGUCUUCUUUCGCCCGUCCUGUCGCAAGUGAGCUUGCGGCAGUUGACUUUUCAGUCUACUCGUCUGAAGAUAUCAAAAAAAUAUCGGUCAAGCGCAUUUUCAACACCCCGUCUUUGGACUCGCUUCACAACCCUAUACCUAACUCGCUUUAUGAUCCGGCUUUGGGUGCUUGGGGAGACCAUGUCUGUACCACUUGCCGUGCGAGCUCUUGGUCGUGUCCAGGUCAUCCUGGUCACAUAGAGCUACCUGUUCCCAUCUGGAAUGUGACAUUUUUCGACCAGAUGUAUCGUUUACUUCGAGCAAAAUGCGACUUUUGUCACCGCCUGCGAAUCGCUCGAGUUGAAAUCAAUGCUUACGCCUGCAAAUUGCGACUCCUUCAAUAUGGAUUGGUCGAUCAGACUGCUGAGAUUGAUAAAAUUGGCGAAUACGGACAGGAUGCCGCUGUCGACGCGGACGAAAACGGAAACGUCGACCCUCAGACAAAGAUGGAGCUACGGAACAAGUUUGUCAGGAAGUGCAUCCGCGAGGCUCAGAAGCAAGGCGACAGCGGCGCUUUUUUUGGAGGGGCAAAGAAUCCUGUUGCGGCCGAGCAACGAAGGGAAUUGAUCAAGGAAUUUUUCAAGGAGCUCGCUAAAGGCAAAAUAUGCAAAUCUUGUCACUAUGUCUCUCCAGGUUACCGAAAAGAUAGGUACGCCAAAAUCUUUCGCAAAGCUAUGUCUACUAAGGACAAAGUCGCAAUGACAAUGGCCGGAAUGACAGCUCCUAAUCCUGUUAUCGUCCUUGAAGAAGAGAAGAAACUUCUCAAUAAACCCAAAGAGCAAGAUAAACAGAACGGCACUGCAAUCAGAGAAGUUACUGAGCUCCAUGGAGCAGAAGAGGAAGUCGUCCGAGCGAACGCUGCAAUUAGUCAAGGCUCAAUAGCUGGUGGUCAAGAAGGUGGCCAACAGUUUGUCUCGUCACCUGAAGUCUAUGCCGCUAUCUGCCUACUAUUUGAGAAAGAGAAGGAGAUUUUAAAUCUGGUAUAUAGUUCACGGCUUGGAUUUAAGAUCUCCCCGGAUAUGUUGUUCGUGCGAAACAUUCUUGUUCCACCCAACCGUUUCCGCCCGCCAGCACAACAGGGAGGUCAAAUUAUGGAGGCCCAACAGAACACACCCUUUACCCAGAUCUUGAAGACAUGCGACUUGAUAAACAUGAUCAGCCACUCAAGACAAACUGCGGAAACGGAAGGUACCAGAAUGCGAGAAUAUCGCGAUCUGCUUCAAGCAAUCGUUACUCUUCAAGAGCAGGUCAAUACCCUUAUUGACAGUGAUCGCGGCCCUGGUGGCAUGGCUGCUGCGCGACAGGCCAACGGUGUCAAACAACUCUUGGAAAAGAAAGAAGGUCUUUUCAGAAAGAACAUGAUGGGAAAGCGUGUCAAUUAUGCUGCCCGAAGUGUCAUUUCGCCUGAUCCCAGUUUGGAAACCCAUGAAGUCGGUGUUCCUAUGGUGUUUGCUAAGAAACUGACUUUCCCUGAGCCCGUCACAUCUUUCAACUUCCACGAAUUGAGAGAGGCUGUCAUCAAUGGACCAGACAAAUACCCUGGAGCAUCGGCGAUCGAGAAUGAGUCAGGUCAGGUUGUGAACCUCAAGUUCAAGACUCUGGAUGAGCGUACUGCUCUGGCAAAUCAACUUCUUGCUCCGUCACAUGCAAAGAUGAAGGGUAAUCGCAACAAGAAAGUAUACCGACAUUUAACCACUGGUGACUACGUUAUCAUGAAUCGUCAACCGACUCUUCACAAACCUUCUAUGAUGGGCCACCGUGCGAGGGUCUUACCAAAUGAGAGAGUUCUUCGAUUACCAUACCCCAAUACAAACUCAUAUAACGCCGAUUAUGAUGGUGACGAAAUGAACAUGCAUUUCCCCCAAAAUACGAUAGCUCGGGCCGAGCUUUCUAUGAUUACGGAUGCUGAUCGUCAAUACAUAUCUUCCACCGAUGGAAAACCUCUUCGAGGUUUAAUUCAAGAUCAUAUUACAGUAUCUACCUUCUUGACAAGCCGAGAUACGUUUUUCGAAGAAGACGAGUACCAGCAACUUCUGUAUAGUUGUUUGCGACCAGAAAAUGCCAACACUGUUACUGACCGAAUUCAGCUGGUUGAGCCUGCCUUUAUCCGCCCUCGGCGUCUUUGGACUGGCAAACAAGUCAUAUCAACCGUUCUGAAGAAUAUCAUGCCACCGAACAGGAGGGGUCUCAACCUUCAAGGCAAGUCAUCCACUCCUGGAGAGAGAUGGGGUAAAGACAAUGAAGAAGAUAGCGUCAUUUUCAAGGAUGGCGAGCUUCUUUGCGGUAUUCUUGAUAAGAAGCAGAUUGGUGCUUCAGGAGGUGGUUUCAUUGACGCCAUCCACGAGAUUUACGGCAACGCAAUCGCAGGAAGCUUAUUGAGUAUUCUGGGACGACUUCUUACCCGCUUCCUGAAUAUGCGAGCAUUCAGUUGUGGUAUUGAGGAUCUUCGAUUAACUCCAGAAGGAGAUCGCAAACGUGUUGAUAUUCUUGAGAAGGCUGCCACCCUCGGACGAAACGUUUCAUUGAAAUACGUCACGCUUGAUCAGAACCCCGCUGCCGAUCAGGAUGCUGAACUCAGGCGUCGUCUUGAAGACGUCUUACGUGAUGACCAGAAACAGUCGGGCUUGGACAGCGUCUACAACUCACAGACAAGAAAGCUUACCUCGGAUAUCGCAGCUAGCUGUCUUCCACAUGGCCUUAUCAAACAGUUCCCUUGGAAUCAGAUGCAACUGAUGACUACAACCGGUGCCAAAGGUUCAAGCGUUAACGCUAAUUUGAUUUCGUGUAAUCUUGGACAACAGGUUUUGGAAGGUCGCCGUGUCCCAGUCAUGGUCAGCGGAAAGACGUUACCAUCUUACCGGGCUUUUGAAACUCACCCGCAAGCCGGCGGGUACGUCUGCGGUCGUUUCUUGACUGGUAUCAAACCACAGGAGUACUAUUUUCACACCAUGGCUGGUCGUGAGGGCCUUAUUGAUACCGCUGUCAAGACUGCGAAGUCAGGUUACUUGCAGCGGUGUUUGAUCAAGGGUAUGGAAGCCGUAAAAGUUGAAUAUGACUCUUCUGUGCGAGAUACCGCAAAUGGAGGAUCUGUCAUCCAGUUUAUCUAUGGUGAAGACGGGUUGGACGUCGGCAAGCAAGUUCAUCUACAGAAUUUCAGUUUUUUGGCGAACAAUUACGUCUCAACAAUGGCUCAACUGAAUAUGACCCAGGACUUCCAUGCUCUAGAGAAGCCGGAAGUCUUGCAGUGGCAUAAGGAUGCCAUGAAGCAGGUUAGGAAGACUGGCCGGUUAGAUGCCAAAGAUCCGACUUUAGCGGUGUAUCAACCUGGUGGACACUAUGGUAGCGUUUCCGAGGCUUUCUCCUUGGCUUUGAAGAAGUACGAGGAGAGAAACCCGGACAAACUUCUCAAAGACAAGAAAGCAGGCAUUACUGGUGCACUAAGCAAGAAAGCUUUCGAAAGUGUUAUGCAUAUGAAAUACUUGAACAGCGUCAUCGAUCCUGGUGAUGCUGUCGGUAUCGUUGCUGGCCAGUCUAUCGGUUCACAGACCACUCAGAUGACACUCAACACGUUCCAUUUGGCAGGUCACAGUGCCCGAAACGUUACUCUCGGUGUUCCUCGACUUCGAGAAAUUGUGAUGACAGCAAGUAAAAAGCCGAUGACUCCCACCAUGACUGUAGAAGUCAUUGAAGAGUUGAGCGAGAAAGCUGGGCAGUCCUUCGCAAAGGGUAUUAGCAGACUUAGCAUUGCAGAGGUUAUCGAUACUCUACAAGUGAGAGAGAGCACGACAUCUGGCAAGGGUGUGAAGGCCAAGAUUUACGACAUCGACAUGAAAUUCUUUGACGCAAAGGAGUACUUUGAAGAAUAUGCCAUCACGAAGCGUGACCUUGUACGAGCACUCCAAGAUGAAUUCAUUCCUAAAUUCAUCAAGAAGAUCAGAGCUGAACUCAAGAAACGCGAAGACGAGAAGGAUCUCAAGGGAGUAUCAGCUGCUCAACCUGAAAUCGGUGUCUCUAUCGGCACAACUGAAUAUUUCGAUGGCGCUGUUCGGGAAACGCAAGCAGGAGGUGCGGAUAAUGAUGACGAUGCAGUAGACGAGGACAACGAGGACGAUGAAGAAGACGCAAAACGUGCCCAGAGCAAACAGAACCGUGACAACCAGGUCAGCUACGAAGCACCAGACGAUGACGAAGAUAGGAUCAGAAGAGAACAAGAUGAGUCCGACAUGGAAGACGACGAUGAGGACAAUGGAAGUAAACUGAGACAGGAGAAGAUAUCGGACGAUGGAGAAUCUGAUUCGUCUGACGAAUCCAAUGAUGAGGAUGGAUCGGCAGAUCAAGCGAGACUAGACCGACAGGAUGCAAGGAUGCGUGCUGAAGAGAUCACGGGAAAAUUCGACGAGAUCAGUGUCUUCAAAUUUAACUCCAAGGACGGGAAUUCCUGCUUCAUUCGCUUGGAGUACUCUGUUGAUACCCCCAAACUCUUGGUUCUUCCUCUUGUCGAAGACGCUGCUCGCCGUGCUGUAAUCCAGGCCGUUCAGGACCUUGGUUCAUGCCUUUACACCCCACCUGAUAAAGAGAAGAACGAACCCGCCAAGAUCGACAUUGAAGGUGUCAACCUUAAGGCCAUGCGCGGUUACCAAGAUUACAUCAACCCGCAUACCAUUCGAACAAAUUCGAUUCACGACAUGCUCAUCUUCUAUGGUGUCGAAGCAGCCCGCUCUACCAUCAUCCGUGAGAUGUCAGACGUCUUCUCUGGUCACAGUAUCACGGUUGACAACCGCCAUUUGAACUUGAUCGGUGACGUUAUGACUCACAGUGGUGGAUUCAAAUCCUACAGUCGUAAUGGCCUCAUCAAGGAAAGCAAUUCACCCUUCUCGAAGAGUUCUUUCGAGACGAGUGUUGGUUUCAUGAGAGAUGCCGUUCUUGAGCGGGACUUUGACGAUUUGAAGAGUCCCAGUAGUCGCAUUGUUGUCGGUCGCCUUGGUAAUGUCGGCACUGGCGCAUUCGAUAUCCUGGCUCCUGUUGCAUGA